UUCAGAUUCCGAGGAAGAUAUUUGUCUAGACGUAUACCUUAUCCUUCUAAUGGUAGUUUUAAUCCCUUUGCAAUUUCUAAUAAAGAAGCACACAUAUUAAAUGGAAACAUAAAUAACUUGGAAGCUGCAAAAAUGUGUGAGGAAAACAGCUAUUCAUUUGGUAGAGAUCACUUCAGUAAUUAUUGUUUAAACAAUGCAGGUAAAUUUUCCUGUGCAGUUGAUUGUUUUCUCGAGCUGUGUUAUGGUGUUUUUUGUAAUCAUCUUCAUAGCACUACACGAAAUGAGUUUUUGACGUUAUCUAUGAGUCAUGUAAUCAAAGAGAAAACCUUGGGGCUAUUGACAUUGUGCGAGAACCUGUGUGGUUAUGGCUCAGAGAUCAUUGUUCAUCAUUUUCUGCAAUGACUGCCAAUGCUGUUUUUAGUGACAUAUUUACAUUGAAUACUGUCGGAGAGUUAAGUGAGGACCUCAAGUCAUUGUUUGUUGUUCAGCAAUGCAAUCAGUCGUGUUGCGCAUCAUGUGGCAACCAAAUCAUAUAUAAGACAGGUAUAUUUGUUCUUUACAUUACCUGCCCAAAUAUCAUUUCCACGCAAUUUGCAAAU